AGCAACUGGAACUGGGCGGGCGGUGGUUUCUUCACGUUGAGCCGCAUGGAAUUAGGAGGUGGGGUCGUCCAACGUGGAGUUGGCCAUGACGAGCAGGAAAAAAGAGAAUAUUGCUAGACUGGCCAAUUAUUGAGGAGCAAAUGCUUUGACUGUUCAUCUGCGUCUUCUUUGUGGGAGUCGGCACGGCACGGCGGCGCGGCGCGGAGCGGAGCGCUAUUGUUAUGGAAAUGAGCGGACUUGAUUGUAGCAUCCCGAUGUCGACUGACUGACUGACUUGGGUGGAGGGAUGGAUGCCAAUCAAAUGACGACGGGCACAGCCGCAGGGCGAACAAAAGAAAGAACGAGAGCUUACGAGCCCACGAGCGAAAAUCAUCUGCGUAAUGCUACAUGCAUUUGGCCAACGCCCUGAUUUCAUAACCUGCAAAGAUGAGCGACAAACCCGACAUCUCAGAGGUGACCAGCUUCGACAAGAACAAGCUGAAGAAGACGGAGACUAAAGAGAAGAACAGCUUGCCCACAAAAGAAACCAUUGAACAGGAGAAGGCGGCGACGACGUCGUGAAGCCCCUCGCCAUGCUCCGCAUCCCCCACCCACCACCUCCGCAACACUCCUCCCUCCCUUCCUUCCUUCCUUCCUUCCUUCCUUCCUUCCUUCCUUCCUUCCUUCCUUCCUUCCUUCCUUCCUUCCUUCCUUCCUUCCUUCCUUCCUUCCUUCCUUCCUUCCGCAUUGCCUUGCUCUCAUCAGUCACUUCUUGUAGCUGUAUAAGUUUGUAAGUGAGCGACCCGAUCGCGCAGACGGGACGACGCCUUCGGUCGACGCAACGCGCCGCCAUCUUGAGGUCUGUUUUGUUGAGAAAGAUAGAAGAGUGGAGGGGGGCGGAGGAGUAUGUGGUACAGGAUCCUGGAAGUUUUUCAGUGCCCGACUUGGCUCUGCAGUGGAGAGGUGGAAGGGACGAGGAAGGGCCUGCAUCCCGGGAAGUCCCCCCCCCCCCCCCCCCCACAAACACACACACACCACCAUGCACGUCGCCACCCAAUUUCCCGCGUUGCUGCUUUUUGCGCCAAAGCUAAGGCGUCAAGCUUUUCUGCUAUUAUGUCGUCUUUCUAAUUUUCAAAAAAAAGUGCACAACUUUGUUUGUACAAUGUGAAUGACCUCCACCGCCCAAAAAUGAUACUGUUGUAUGUAUGUUUUUUUUUCUUGUAUACACGCAGGAUGAUAAAAAAUCGAUUUCCUCUAGUUCUGAAAACAAAAUGGACCUUGUUUGUGGUUAAAAUGUACUUUGGCCCUUUUGUUUGAGUGAUUGACAAUUUUGGAGAAAAAAAGCCAACCGCGUCUAUGUGCUUUGAGAUUGAUCGUUGGAAGAUUUUUUUUGUUAAGUCCCAACAGUUACAUUACUCUGCCACACAUCAUUGCAAGGAAUGGAAAACCAUGAAAUGUUGUAAUAAAAAAGGAUUUGUUACUA